AUGCUGAGCCCCGUGUUUCAUCCUGAAAUUGAACCAAAGAAACAGGAAGACUUUAUGGGGGCAUUGCCAGUUGUAAAAGAGAAAAAGGAUAGCAUGUGUAAAAAAUUGUUGCCGGCUUUGGAGGAAGCAGACUUGAAGGCGGAGGUAGGAAUGGAAGAAGAGUCUGUAUACAAGGACAUGGCAGCUGAGAGGUUGUCAGAGGAUAGCGAUGUCGAGAACCAACCGAUAGACCCUGAGUCAUGGAAAGACGGCGACAUUGUUACAGCUCUGAACAAAAGGCUUGUCUAUUGUUUAUUUGUAAUUGAACGGUCUCUCUCCCUACCCUUGUUGAUUAGGGUCCCCCUGAAGAAGGGGAAAUCCCUGAGGCAGAACCUUAAGGAACAUGGCUUGCUGGAGGAUUUCCUGAAGAAGCACCCUUGCAACCCGGCCUACAAGUAUUUCCCCAGCCUGGCCAAUGAGGCUGCCAGCGAGCCCCUAACAAACUACAUGGAUGUUGAUUAUUAUGGAACCAUCUCAAUUGGUACGCCCGCUCAAGAUUUCACUGUCAUUUUCGACACCGGUUCCUCCAACUUGUGGGUGCCCUCCGUCUACUGCUCCAGCACAGCCUGCUCAAACCACAACAAAUUCAAUCCAUCAGACUCCUCCACCUACGAGGCCACCAGCCAGAGCCUCUCCAUCCAGUAUGGCACCGGCAACAUGACCGGACUCCUGGGCUACGACACCAUCCAGCUAAGAGGCAUUGUGGAAACCAACCAGAUCUUUGGUCUGAGUGAAACUGAGCCCGGCUCCACCUUUUACUACGCCCCCUUUGACGGGAUCCUGGGUCUGGCCUUCCCCAGUAUCGCCUCUUCUGGAGCCACCCCCGUCUUUGACAACAUGAUGAAUGAGGGUUUGGUUUCCCAGGACCUCUUCUCCGUCUACCUGAGCUCGUAA